AUGUGGCAAAACUCUUUUUCUGCAAGACCCUUUACCUUUGGAGGCUCACUCGAGAGGCGUCAGAGCUGCCUCAGUCUACAGACUAUACGCGAAGCGUGCAAUCGAGAAUUCCGCCUGGCCGACGCUGACUUUCAAAGCGCGCCCCAUGGUGCUACUCCUGCACGAGAAGACGACGGAACACUUGAUAAAGCGUCUCGAGUAGCUUCUAACCCGCGUUCCCGUUGUCUUCUCGCCGGAGAAGGCGAUUUGCCUUCAGGUCUUCUUUCCCUCCACACAGAUCCUGCCCCCUGUACAAGACUGCCCUGGACAUCGGAGGUCCAGCCCACUCGAGUCUCGGGAAACGUUUCCGACGCUACGAGGGGAAAAGACCUUCGUUUAUUUCCUUGCUGCGUAAGUUCAAGAGUGCCUGCACCUUACACGACUCCCCAGCCAAUUCAGAGAUUCCCAGGCAACGCUUCAGGGAAAUCGAGACACGACGCGAACACCGGAGGCCGUCGAAACCCUUCAAAACAACCGCUUAGAAAUAAAGGUGCGUAG